AUGCCCGAGAAAGCUGAAGUUAUGUCUGCUGCUCGUUCUGAGGUCGACCGUAUUUUAGAGGAGAUAUCUGUAUUGUCUACGGGGAAUCACCAACCACCUAUAAUAUCAAGUCACGCGCCGGUCCUAACAAGGUCACAUGUAGACCAGAACAUUACAGUGGCGACAGCGAGUGCCGAACCCACCCAUAUGCACCGCGUGCACACCGUUCCCCCUCGCACCCCUUCCACAUCCACACGUCGUCCCGAUCCCUUUUUCGCCCCUGUCCCCUUUCAACCUGGACAGGAAAUUGACGUUUGCCUAGUCAAACUCUCAUUUUUCUUGGUUGAUAUUCCCCCACCGGACCAUACUUGUUACUUGCUCGCUCUCCUCUCCCCUGAAGCCCUCGCCCCUGCCCUCAAAGACGGUCUUAAUGUCAACACCCCUUUUUCAACUGCUCGCGAUCGUUUACUGUCUUUGUUUGUCAAAUCCCUUUCGGCAUCUGCUGCUGGUGCUCAAUUUUACCGUCUCAGACAGAAACCUCAACAGUCCGCUAAUGAUUUUGCGCUUGAACUCAACCGCUUGGCUUGCCUUGCUUUUGCCUCUACACCGGCUAAGGAACGCAACGAAAUUGUACUCGAUCGCUUCAUAGCUGGGCUGCACGACCCAAACCUGAUGUAA